AUCUUCGAUAGGCGGCGUUUCGCCGUAUGCUCUGUAAGUCAUAACGUCAACAAACGGUUCUACCACCCAGUAGCCAUCGCCUAUAAAAACCGAAAAACAGCUGCCGCAAUGUGUUUUCAUUAUCCGGCAGUUCAAAGCUAAACCGAAAGCGACGAAAAGGCUCGGUGCCUCCAUGCCGCAUAAACGUGACUUUGCGCUGCCCAUGUGACCGAGACCGACAAAUCAGAAGCGUCUAUUCGCAGGCACGGUGCUAUUCAUGCCAGAGAGCCUAAAGUGGGUGACAAGGAGCGGAGCAGGCGCAGUAGCGAAAAGUCUUAUGAAACCGGUGAGAGAUAAAGGUUGAGAGGGAAAUAGUCAGGGAGCAGUCUUCCCUCACAUAGUUAAAAUUGGGGGAAAAAUGAUACUUUCCGACGGAAUGACAUAAGCACCACCAACGGUGAACUCUCAAAAGUCCCCAUGGCCCCAAAUUCCAUCCACUGGUUCCGGAAGGGGCUGCGACUCCAUGACAACCCGGCGCUUCGUGAGGCAGUGCGGGGGGCGGCCACAGUGCGCUGCGUGUACUUCCUAGACCCCUGGUUCGCCGGCUCCUCCAACCUAGGGGUGAACCGGUGGAGGUUUCUAUUACAGUGCCUGGAAGACCUCGAUGCCAGCCUCCGCAAACUCAACUCUCGCCUUUUCGUCAUCCGCGGGCAGCCUGCCAACGUCUUUCCUCGCCUCUUCAAGGAAUGGAAGAUCUCUCGGCUGACCUUCGAGUACGACUCUGAGCCUUUUGGGAAGGAGCGGGACGCUGCUAUUAAGAAACUGGCGAUAGAGGCAGGGGUGGAAGUCAUCGUCAAGACCUCACACACCCUCUAUGACCUUGACAGGGUGAUCGAGCUGAAUGGGGGGCAGCCCCCCCUGACCUACAAGCGUUUCCAGACGCUGAUCAGCCGCAUGGAGCCCCCCGAGCUGCCAGUAGAGCCCCUCUCCGAAGCCGUCAUGGGCCGCUGCAUCACGCCUGUCUCCGACGACCACGCGGAGAAGUACGGGGUACCUUCCCUGGAGGAGCUGGGGUUCGACACCGAGGGCUUGCCAUCUGCCGUGUGGCCGGGCGGAGAGACCGAGGCUCUGACAAGGAUCGAGAGACACCUGGAGAGGAAGGCAUGGGUGGCUAACUUCGAGAGACCCAGAAUGAACUCCAACUCUCUGCUGGCGAGCCCCACAGGCCUGAGCCCAUACCUGCGCUUCGGUUGCCUCUCCUGCCGGCUCUUCUACUUCAAACUCACUGACCUCUACCGCAAGGUGAAGAAGAACAGCUCCCCUCCUCUCUCCCUCUAUGGCCAGCUCCUCUGGAGGGAGUUCUUCUACACGGCCGCCACCACCAACCCGCGCUUCGACAAGAUGGAAGGCAACCCCAUCUGCGUGCGCAUCCCCUGGGACCGCAACCCCGAGGCGCUGGCAAAGUGGGCCGAGGCCAAGACGGGCUUCCCUUGGAUCGACGCCAUCAUGACCCAGCUGCGGCAGGAGGGCUGGAUCCACCACCUGGCGCGGCACGCCGUGGCCUGCUUCCUCACUCGCGGGGACCUGUGGAUCAGCUGGGAGGAGGGCAUGAAGGUGUUUGAGGAGCUGCUGCUGGAUGCUGAUUGGAGCGUGAACGCAGGCAGCUGGAUGUGGCUAUCCUGCAGCUCCUUCUUCCAGCAGUUCUUCCACUGCUACUGCCCCGUGGGCUUCGGCCGCAGGACCGACCCCAAUGGCGACUUCAUCAGACGAUAUUUACCUGUUCUCCGAGGUUUCCCCGCCAAGUACAUUUACGACCCCUGGAACGCCCCCGACUCGGUGCAGAGCGCUGCCAAGUGUGUCAUCGGCGUUCACUACCCCAAGCCCAUGGUGAACCACGCCGAGGCCAGCCGCCUCAACAUCGAGAGGAUGAAGCAGAUCUACCAGCAGCUGUCGCGCUACCGAGGCCUGGGCUUGCUGGCCUCAGUGCCGACCAAUCACAAUGGGAACGGGAAUGGAGGUAUGAUGGCAUACUCGCCAGGGGAGCAGCAGCAGCAGCAGCAGCAGCAGCAACCCAGCACCACGGCAACCCACGGAGGCGUGUCGGGGAGCUCGGUCGCCAGUGGCAACGGGAGCGGCAGCAUCCUGUUGAACUUUGACAGUGAGGACCAGCCUGGACCAAGCGGAGUGAAACAGCAUGGAUUCCACACCACGUCUGACGGCGGACAAGGCGUGGCCAGUCAGCGGCUGUACCAGGCCAGCAGCACGCACGAGUUUGCCGUACCGCAGCAUCCCAGCACAGGCCGGCUGAGUCACGGCGGGGGGAGUAGCUUAGGGAAGAGGGAUCGCGAGCCGGAGCGUGUGGGCGGAGCUGAGGACGACACACACGCCACAUCACGCAAGAUGCAGCGGCAGAGCUCGGAGCGGAGCUAGGAUCUCCAGGAGGAACCCUUUACCACAGAAAACACCAUCACCAGGAACAUCAAGCUCAACAGGAUCUACUUUUCUACAUUUUUUUUGUUUGAGUAUUUCUUAUUGUGCUUACUCUGUACACCUUUUUAUGAUAAAACCUUUUUGGACCCCAAUGCGAAUUUUACAAGAAAAAUCUGUCUGAACGAAAUAAUGCAUACCUUAGAUUUUUUAUUUUUUAACUGGCAUGUUCAAAGGUGAAAAUGUGAGUGGCUAAGAAUUGAGGUUGGGGGUGAAAGCGUUUGGGGUGUCUGCUGAGAGCUCAUAGUAAUCAGGAGAGCUGACAGACAAGAGCUGGGUCUCUCUGUGCGAGUUUUAAAUCAUCUAUCAUGGAGCAGAACACCUUUGCUCCUUAUCCUCUCUUCCCCUGACGAAACAGGCAUGGAACCAAGCAGCAAGUGCCAAAUCCACCGGCAUGUUGUUAGGAGAUACGCACCUCUGUUACGCGUUUCCCCUGUGUGGAGAGAUUAGGGACUUGAUCAGUUUUGGGAUGGGAAGAGCCCGCUGAAGGAUUAGGUGUCUCAAACCCUGUCUCUGAUCCCACAGCAAUCAGGCAUCCUUUAUGCCCGUCCAUGCCGGCUUGCGGCACCAGGGGGCAGUAUUGUAUGCGUCUGUAGUGAGCUGAUAACUGAAGUCUUGGCCAGUAGCACCACUGUGUGAGUCAGAGUCACAUGAGGGAGACUCACCUGCUGUGCAACUUAUGUGUCCCUCUGUGUCCUCGUACACCACUGCCCCCUCAUGGUAGUAUCACCAUACGUCUCCUGCACAGGUAUUAUUUAGAGUUGUACAAAGAAGUGUCUUUUUUUUACCACUUUUUUUGCGUUAGACCAUGCUCUUCCUCAGAGCCUUCAGGGUUUCUGUGUUUACAUGUGUGCUUCUUUUGAGCUGUUACAGAUUUUGAAUGUGACUACCCCUAAGGGGUCAUAUUCCACUGUGAACAUGAGACUUGUACAUACAAAUACAGUUUAUACAUAUAUAUAUAUAUUUUUAAUACUGCAUGUAUGUGACUUUGUAAUACAGUGGGUAGAGUAGCUGUCAGCAUUGAAGAAGAAAAAGGAGAAACUCCUGCUGUUGAGCAAGAGUAGCUCACACUUGUGGUGAAGGGUUUGUGAGCGAGGACGCCGCCAGACACGAGAGGCCAGGAGGGAAGCACUUUCACUGUCUUCUCAGCAUCAGAGCGACCCAACCAGCAGGGGCAUCUCACACACACACGCCCCCGUUCACAACACUCUGGCUAACUCUCGAACCCAUGCUCUACCUCUUGGUGUAGAGGACAAUGACUAAGGAGGGCACUAUAGGGCCAGGGUAGGGUGAAGAAGUUGCCCUGGAAAGCUUUGUGGAGGGAAACUCAAAUCAAGUCGUAAGUCAUGCUUCAGUUUUAGAGACUGCAUGCAGCUGUGGUCAUGGUCACUUUCCAGGGGCUCUUAACACACUCUGGUCUUGUAGGUCUUCUUUCUGAUUCGGAGUAAUCUGCUGUGCCCUCGCUUCACCCCGGUCCUAACCUAGCCAUACAUUUUCACCUCUUAUUUCCAAAAGGGUGUUUUUUUAUCAAAAGCAUUAUGAGUCAAAAGCAUUAUGAAAAACAGUAAUGAUCACAUUCUUAGUCAGUGUCUACUCGAUACAUCACAUGAUCAGUAAGCAAACAGUGUAGACAUGUCACUCUGACCUCAACCAAAUACUUUUCAGAGAAACAGUGUCUUUAACAUGUGAUAAGUGAGGAUAUGGGAGACCUACGUCCUCAGUGUUUUUGUAACAUUUUUAAUAAAACCAGAAAAGAAAAAAC